GAGCCGCCGUGCACCGACUGAGACCCCGGGCUCGCCGGGUCCUUCCCCGCCCUGCCCCCCUGAGAUAACUCUGCGGCUGCAGGGAGGAUGGAGCGGGGCUGGGGGCACCUUCCGCCUGGCUUGAUCUAGCGAGUGACUUGAAGGGAGCGGGGGAAACCCACCGCUGGGAAAUCCCCCUGCCCCCCCGUCUGAAAGCCACGUUCACUCCGGAGUUGCCAUGAAGGACACCCAGUGCCAACCCUGCGGGGCUCGCCUCCUGGAGCCCAGCCCGUCCGCGUGAAGCCGGCAGCCUGCGCUGUGCGGAAUCGCUGGGGCGGGGGCAGCAUUACAGGGGACCAGGGGUUGCGGCACCGGCUUCCCCAUCCCGGGGACGAGUCUCCUCCGGACGCCGCGGCUACAGCCCCCGAAUUGUGCUCUCCAUCUCUUCUGCACCUGCUGGGCACCAGGGAGCCGUCCUGAGCCGGCGCCUUGCCAGAACCCCCCGCUUUGCUGCUGCACGCUCGCUGCUUCGGCUUGAGACAGCUCCUCCCGGGGAGGUGGGAUGUGCUCGCACCUGCAGCCACCUCCCAUCCCAAGCCACCUUUGCGUCUCUAGCCAGGAGGCUCCCCACACGCCGCUCCUCGUUUGCCAAGCAGCAGCUGAAGUGGCCACCCUGGGAGUUUGAUGGCUUCUUUGAGGCGAGUCAAAGUUCUGUUGGUGUUGAACUUGAUUGCAGUGGCUGGCUUUGUCCUCUUUCUGGCCAAGUGUAGACCCAUCACUGUCAAGAGCGGGGAUUCCUUCCAUGAAAUCCACCCCAGGGCAGAAGUGGCCAACUUGACAGCCCAUGGCAUCAGCCCUAUCCAGGAUGCAGUACUGAAAAGGCUCUCCCUUCUAGAAGAUAUAGUCUACAGGCAGCUAAAUGGUUUGUCUAAGUCCCUUGGUCUCAUUGAAGGCUACGGUGGGCGUGGUAAAGGUGGGCUUCCUGCUACCCUCUCCCCGGCGGAGGAAGAGAAAGCUAAGGGGCCACACGAGAAAUAUGGCUAUAAUUCCUACCUCAGUGAGAAAAUUUCACUGGAUCGUUCCAUACCGGAUUAUCGUCCAACCAAGUGCAAAGAGCUGAAAUAUGCAAAGGAUCUGCCCCAGAUUUCCAUUAUUUUCAUCUUUGUGAAUGAAGCGUUGUCAGUGAUCCUGCGGUCAGUGCACAGCGCUGUUAAUCACACGCCAGCCCACCUCCUGAAAGAGAUUAUCCUUGUGGACGACAACAGUGAUGAAGAGGAAUUGAAGGCACCUCUGGAAGAGUACGUCAACAAACGAUACCCGGGGCUCGUGAAGAUGGUGCGCAACCAGAAAAGAGAAGGCCUGAUCCGAGCUCGUAUUGAAGGCUGGAAAGCCGCUACGGGCCACAUCACUGGAUUCUUUGAUGCCCAUGUGGAAUUCACUGCUGGCUGGGCUGAGCCAGUUCUGUCGCGAAUCCAAGAAAACCGGAAAAGGGUUAUUCUUCCGUCAAUCGACAAUAUCAAGCAGGACAACUUCGAGGUGCAGCGUUAUGAGAACUCUGCCCAUGGAUACAGCUGGGAGUUAUGGUGCAUGUACAUUAGCCCUCCCAAAGACUGGUGGGAUGCUGGUGACCCUUCACUGCCAAUCAGGACACCUGCCAUGAUUGGCUGUUCGUUUGUUGUAAAUAGGAAGUUCUUUGGAGAAAUAGGUCUUCUGGAUCCUGGAAUGGAUGUAUAUGGAGGAGAGAACAUAGAGCUAGGAAUCAAGGUGUGGCUGUGUGGUGGCAGCAUGGAAGUGCUGCCAUGCUCCAGAGUCGCUCACAUUGAACGCAAGAAGAAGCCCUACAACAAUAACAUUGGUUUCUACACCAAGCGGAAUGCUCUGCGAGUGGCCGAAGUGUGGAUGGACGAUUACAAGUCUCACGUUUACAUUGCGUGGAACUUGCCACUGGAGAAUCCAGGCAUUGACAUUGGGGAUGUCUCGGAGAGAAAAGCAUUAAGAAAAAGCUUAAAGUGUAAGAAUUUCCAGUGGUACCUGGACCAUGUUUACCCAGAAAUGAGGAGAUACAAUAAUACUAUUGCCUAUGGGGAGCUUCGUAACAACAAAGCGAAGGAUGUAUGCCUUGACCAGGGUCCACAGGAGAACCACACAGCAAUACUGUAUCCAUGCCACGGCUGGGGACCUCAGCUUGCCCGCUACACCAAGGAGGGAUACCUUCACUUGGGGGCCCUUGGGACCACGACUCUCUUGCCUGAUACCCGCUGCCUGGUGGAUAACAUGAAAAGCCGGCUCCCUCAGCUCCUUGAUUGUGAAAAGGUCAAGAGCAGCCUCCAUAAACGCUGGAAUUUCAUACAGAAUGGUGCGAUCCUGAAUAAGGGAACUGGGCGCUGUCUGGAAGUGGAGAACAAAGGAAUGUCCGGCAUUGAUCUAAUUCUUCGCAGCUGCACGGGACAAAGAUGGACAAUUAAAAACUUCAUCAAGUAAAGGUGUAAGGGCCAGAGCAGUCUGAAGAUCUUCACUCACAACACAAGUGACUUGGACUGAUCAGACAGGGAUCCUUUUCACAACUUUGGAAAGAAAGAAAUAUAAAAACAGAGCUUUAUUCACGGUAUCAGGAGAGGACCUUGGGGGAAGUGGGCAUUCGUGGUUUGUUUUUUUUAUUGUAUAUUAGCUGAUUCCAACUGGGUGAAAUUGCGUCAGAACUGUUAUUUUUCGUCUAGCAAGAGCUCUCAAGGUAUCACUUAUAUCUGCUGGAAUGAAGCCGGUGCAGUCUUGUGGACGGUUUGUUGACAGGGAAGUGAUGCUUUCACAAAUGACUUGAAGCUCUUAGCAAGGGCCAUCAAGGUUUAUACCAGGACCAGAGUUAAGAGACCUUGGACUAACCCACUUGUCAAGCAAGAGCAUUUCUCUGUAUAAAACAGAAAAAAUUGCCGAGUUUGGAAGCCUAAAGUGAGCUGCGUUAAAGUUCUUAGGUGUUUUUAAAUGUCUCCUCUCUCCCUUUCUCUCACCCACCUUCUUCUUCAACCUGGGACAGGCAUGCUUUAAAGUGACAGGUCUCAAAGCCAUCUCCAAAUAGCUCCUUGAUUUCCCUCUCCCAGCAGCAGGAUACCAACUAUACAUACAAAAUGAUGGGGCCUCAAUUAGCUGUUACAACUCCAGAAAGCGAUUUUGGCAUCAUCAUGGAUAGUUCUCUGAAAACAUCUGUUCAAUGUACUGGGGCAGUCACAACAGCCAACAGGAAGUCAGGAACCGUUAAGGAAGGGAUAGAUAAUCAGACAGGAAAUAUCAUAGUGCCAAUAUAGAAAUCCAUGGUGCACCCACUUCUUCAAUACUCAAAAAAGAUAUAUUAGAACUGGAAAAGAUACCAAGAAGGGCAACAAAAUCUAAGGGGUAUAGAACAGCUUGCAUAUGAG